AGGAAACCCUCAUGGAAGUAUGAAGGAGAUGGUGGGAGGCUGCUGUGUCUGUUCUGAUGAGCGGGGCUGGGCGGAGAACCCGCUGGUGUACUGCGACGGGCACGGCUGCAAUGUGGCGGUGCACCAAGCUUGCUAUGGAAUUGUCCAGGUUCCUACCGGACCCUGGUUCUGUCGGAAAUGUGAAUCUCAAGAGAGAGCCGCCAGGGUGAGAUGUGAACUGUGUCCCCACAAAGAUGGAGCCCUGAAACGGACCGACAACGGAGGGUGGGCCCAUGUCGUCUGUGCUUUGUACAUCCCAGAGGUGCAGUUUGCCAACGUGCUCACCAUGGAGCCAAUUGUCCUGCAGUAUGUACCCCACGACCGCUUCAACAAGACCUGCUACAUCUGUGAAGAGCAGGGCAGGGAGAGCAAAGCAGCCUCUGGAGCAUGCAUGGCCUGUAACCGACACGGCUGCCGGCAAGCUUUCCAUGUCACCUGUGCCCAGAUGGCUGGCCUCUUAUGUGAAGAGGAAGUCCUAGAAGUCGACAAUGUCAAAUAUUGUGGCUACUGCAAGUACCACUUCAAUAAAAUGAAGACCUCACGUCACUCUGGAGGUAGCUCCUUCAUUGCUGGAAGAAGGAGUCGAUCCACAUCCCCUGCUCAAGAGAAGCAUGUAUCCCACCACGAAAGGCCAAAGAAGAGUCGGAAGGACAAAGAAAGACCUAAACAGAAGCACAAAAAACGUCCGGAGUCUCCCACCAGCCUUACCCCAUCCUCGGUGCCCGUCGCUGCAGAGAAGGGCUCUACCAGCCACCAUGAGGGGAGCAAAGAGACCUCGGAGGUCUGCAGGUCGGAGGUGAAAGGCAGGAAGUCCUCAAGCCAUGGCAGCAGCCACAAGGGGAAAAAGACGGGAAGCGGGAAAAGCUCGGUUGGCUUCAGCUCAGCUUCGUCCAGUGGGACCUUCCAGCCUGCAGGUACCUCCUGCAGCAACUUGCAGUGCUCCCAGGACUUUGUGACAUUCCCCAAGCUUGAGCAGGACGACGAGAAGUACCGGAAGCCUAUCUCUUCCUCUUCUUCUUCCCACUGCUCCCCUCUGUAUGAAGGCCAGAAGGGGGACAUCUUUGAGCAGAAGGUGAUCUUCUCAGGCUUUGGGUCCAUCAUGCGCUUUUCCACCUCCGCAGUGAGCCAGCAGAGAGGCCGUGAUGCUUCCCCCGUGGACUAUAAGGCCUCGAACCCUGUCAGCGGCCCUUCGGUGGGGACCAGUGGGACCAGUGGUAGCAGCAGCAGCCACAAGCGCAUGCCAUCCCUCAGCAUGGAGGAGGGAGAGGUGCUGAAGGAAAAGAAGCACAAGGGUAGCAAGAAGAACAAGCAUGGGCCUGGCAGGCCGAAAGGGGGCAAAAGCAAAGAGAUUUUGGGUGCCCAGCUGGCUGGGUCCACGUCUACUUCCUCGUCACCCUUCUCCGGGGGCUCUCUUGUUAGCUCCAGCAUCGGCAAUUCUUCACGGUCCUUCAGUCACACAGGGAAUCUGCCCAGCCUCAGCAUGGAGUCCCCGCUGCUGGGUUCAGGGAUCUACACCAGUAACAAGGACCCUAUUUCCCACGGGGGCGGAGUGCUCCGAGCUGUGUGCAGUACACCCCUCUCUUCCAGCUUGCUGGCACACCAGGGUACAUCGUCUCUCCCACAGCUCAACCGGUCUCCCUUUGCUAGCACCAUCCCAGCUUCCUCCUCCUCGGUCUCCACCACGCAGGUGUUCUCACUGGCAGGUUCAACGUUUAGCCUCCCUUCCUCACAUAUUUUUGGAAGCCCCCUCACAUCUGGGCUAUCAAUCAACCCACUCUUAAAUCAGUCGGAAAGCAGCCGGGCAGAGCCUGACCUGGAAGACUGCAGUUUUGGCUGCCGAGGGACGUCGCCCCAGGAGAGUCUCUCUUCCAUGUCCCCCAUCAGCAGCCUGCCGACCCUCUUCGACCAGACAGUGUCCUGUAGCAGCAGCGGGCAGCUGGAGAAUGUUCCCCAGGCUACCCCAAACAUCGAGCAGCUCCUGGAGAAGCAGGGCAAUGGGGAAGCCGGCGUAAACAUUGUAGAAAUGCUCAAAGCCCUGCACUCGCUGCAGAAGGAGAACCAGCGGCUCCAGGAGCAGAUCAUGACGCUGACGGCCAAGAAGGAGCGUUUGCAGCUCCUCAACGUCCAGCUCUCUGUCCCUUUCCCCGUGGUGACCAGCAGCAACGGCCCAGGCAGCCAGGCCCAGUACAUCCUGCCUCCCAACGUCUGCAACGAUUCCCUGAGCAUCAGCAAGAGCCCCCCAUGCAAGAACAGCUUUGGGAUCGAGAACUCGCUCUCCACUUCCUCUGAGGACCCUCAUUCAGGUUGCCCCAGCAGGAGCAGCUCUUCCCUGUCCUUCCACAGCACUCCUCCGCCCCUGCCCAUGCUGCAGCAGAGUCCUGCCUCGCUACCCCUGCCCGGGGUGCAGCAGGUGAAUGGCCUGGCCAGGGUGGCAGGCAGCGGGCUGGGGGGAGGCACCACUGCCAGCCACAGCCUCUCCACGGUGCCCAUGGUGGACGGCCUGAUGGGGACCCUGGCAGGAGGCCAGCAGAUGCCCAUCAACGGGAUCCUGGGGAAUCUGAACGGAGCUCAGGCCGCCCAGCCUCCGAGCGCGCUGACGCAGGCGAGCGGGCCUCCGACCUUGCAGCUCUCCACCAGCCUGAGCAGCAUGCCCAGCCUGAGUCCCCUGACAGAGCAGCAGCGGCACGUCUUGCACCAACACGAACAACAGCUCCAGCAGCUUCAGCAGCUCCUGACUUCCCAGCCGCUUAAUCCGGAGCAGCAGGCCCUGGUGUUCCAGAUGAUGCAGCAAAUCCAGCAGAAGAGGGAGCUGCAGCGGCUGCAGAUGACAAGCUCGUCCCAGCUGUCCAUGACCAGCCUCCUGGCAGCCACCUCUGCCCCCCUGCACUCCAGCACCAGCGCCCUGAUGACCUCGGCCCCCCAGCCGCCCCCCAGCAGCAGCUCUCUCCUGGCCUCCCUCUCCCCCCAGCAGCUCAACCCUAGCAAUGCCCUCAUGGCCCCCCAGGCCACCCCACCGCUCAGCACUCCUGGGAACAGCCUCCUGGCUUCGGGGACAGGCAUCCCACCCGUCCUUACAGCACAGACUAACCCGUUUCUCAACCUGCAGGCUGAUGGCAACACCCCGAAAGGAACGAGCAUGAAUGAAAAGGGAGCUCCUCUUACCCAGGACAAGGGCUAAGCUCCCCCCUCACCCCGAACAAACCAGCAGCCAACUCCUCUCAGCCAGGGGAAUGUGGCUUUCCACAGUCAACUUUGAUACUGUUAGAGCAAUGAGCACAAGGCUUCCAAGAAGCAUUUCCUGCCGCUGGGCAAUGCCAAGAGGUGCUUUGGAAGACAGUACGUCUCUGACCAAGCCCUGGUAUCGGGAGGAGCGAAGGUGGGGGGCUGCCUGCCGCCCUGGUCCAUGCCACACAUGCUCAAAGUGAAGCUGUGUUUCCGUGCAGAGUGGAGGAGAGAGUUAACACCAGAUGCCUGCCAGUCUCCUCCCUGCCGUGAGCGCGAGCGUGUGUUCACGUGUGGGUAGCCCCCCAGGCCGAGGCACUAGAGACCAUCGAGCAUCCUUGGCCAAGACCUUGGUGGAGGGAGGCCCCUCUGCUGAGGACUCCUUUCUGCACAGUGCAGAGGAAUGUGGCAGUGCCCUCGGAGGCAGCACUGGAUGUGACGCAGCUGGGGAAGUGGGACGUGGUGGCAGUGCCUACGUGGUCUGCUUCGCCCAGAUGGGGAGGUUAAGAAGAAGUCCUGUAGCUGAGAUUUCUCACCUGCUUUUCAUCUGCUGGGUUCUUAGGAUGCUCUUCUCUCUAUAGCCAUCAUAUGAAGCCCUGACACCUCAGCUGGAUCCAAACCCAGCCUGAAAAGACACAAGCAGUGGAGCGAUGGGUAAGGACUGGUGCUUGGGGAGGAGGUGAUAGCCACCUACUUCUUUAAAGGACAUUGCCACAUCUGCUCUGCCAGCUGCUGUCAGUUCGGUGCUGUACUUCUCACGUGAAAAGCACACUCCUGCUCCUUGUGCCAUCUCUCACUCUUUCCUUCCAAGAUUUCCAAAGGCUAAAAUUUCAGCUUGCAAAAAGGGGCUGUAGCCAGUAUUACCCCUGUCGUAGCCAACUUCAGAAGGUGCAUCUGAACCUGGCAGUUGUUUCCCAGGCCUAAGCUGGGAGAUAGAAAUGUGUGUGGAGAAGAGAGAAUCCCAAAUCCGGUACUUGUUCUUUCUUACCCACCACAAUCACUCCAGUCUGGCAAAACCACGUUCUUCCACUGGUCUUGGGCACUUCAGAAAAGGGAUCUCCAAGCAAUGGGACAAUUACCAGUCUCCUGAGCUAGGACAUCGGACCCUUCGUUGUUCUCCACCUUUUGACCUUAACUCCGUCUUGUAGCCUGGAACCUCAGCAAUGAAAUCGGCUUCCUCUGAGCUUGGAUGUGAUGGAUUGAUUGAAGGACAGGUGGGGCAGCUCUGGGGGAAGGGGAACAUCUACGUCAAACGUACAAAUGCCCCUUCUUUUCCUUAUCCGCUGGUUAAACCCAGAGCUCCUGGGGGCAGGUGGGAAGACUCCAGCUAAUAGAAACUCUGAGGGUCUUAAAAACAAAAACAAAAACAAACAAAAAAAAUUGUCAGACCUUAAUGGAUAUUUUUCAGCACAUUCCCACUGCCUCUAACUAGUUUGCACUAUUCAAAUUUGUCAGCAGUGGGUCUGUGCUGAUAGUACUAGAAAAGCUUGUUAUAGGCAAGACUCAUCUGCUAAAUAUCUUUCUUUCUUUUAAUUUUAUUUUCUUUUCUUUCUUUUCUUUUUUUUUGUGUGUGUGUUUGGAAGAUUGUCACCACAAUGGUUGAAUAAGGCUAAAAGGAGAGAAAAUACCUUUCUGAUCUCAGCCUCCAGUUCUGUGAACUGGGCAGAACACUGCUGUCUGCUCAGAAAUAUAUAUAUAUAUUAUAUAUAUAUAAUUUUUUUUUUAUAAAGAAAAGCUAAUGUUUUAACAAGGUUAAGAAGCUAUUGGAAAGAUGGAGAUGGCAGCUAAAAGUGGAAAUGCAGGAGAAAAAAAAAAAGGUCUGCCUUCCUUGUGGUCUCUGCAGCACAGACCUAGAGAGGAGCACUGAACUGUGGCUCUUGCUGACACAUUCCCUGUCCCCAGCCACCUCCCGAGUAAGUCACGGGCUGAGCUGUGCCGCCUUCCAUCCGCCUGGUACUUACAAACUGUGAAUGAGAUCUUUCAGUUGCAAAUGGUUUGACUCUAAUUUUCGCUCCCUAUCCCCGAAAUUGCUCUGGCACAACUGUGUGCUUGCACUUUUUUUUAAAUUUUUUUUUUUUCUUUUUCCUCCCCCAGCUGUGUUGUCCCCCCUCCCCUCUGCGCCACGCAAACCGCCCCGGCGCAGAGACCCUCUGCUCAGUGCAGGAUCCGUUUCUGCGGUGGGGGUCUUGCCUUGCUGCCCCUCCACAUGUGAGGAGUCUUAGGCUUGAAAGUAACACGCAGAAUGGCUGUUUCAGGGCUGCCGUGCUAAAUUCAGCCCUGAAGUGCCCUGUUUGUGCGUGUGAUGGCUGCGUGGACGUGAAGGCUGUACCUGCCAACCUUUGGCAAGCAACAGGUCCUUGGGAUUUGGGAACAGAUAUUUCUUAGUGCUGGUUUGGGUCAGCAAGAUGAUGGACAGAAGUGUUAGGGGUGAAACAGUGGCUGUUAAAUGUGCAAAUGUGGUCUCUGCCAGCUGCUUGCCCAGCUGUGUUUGUCUGGGGUUUGAUUUUUAUUUUAUUUUUUAUAUUUUUACUCUUAAGGUCCCAAAUUUGCCUUGCCACCUGUUUUGCUGUCACGCUGACCAUCAGCACGGCCUUCAGACCAAUCUGUAGCCACAAGGGCCUGACAUCGUGCCCAGACCUGGUCAAACUCUUCCAAAAUUUAACCACAUUUCACGCCCUGAAAUUAGAAACACGCCAGUACCAGGAAGAGAGGGGAUGGGAAGGAGGGAAGGCUGGUUGGCAUCUAUCCCUUGUGUAGCGAGUCAUAGUACAACAUGCGUUGUCUCCCAGGACAAACAAAAACCACGUUCAGAUCAGUGGUUUGGUGCCCAAAUCCCUGGGCAACAACAGAAAACUUGCAGGGGGUCAGUGAGAGGUACUUAAUGGUGCGUUUGCAGUCCGGAGGCUGAAACGUGCUGUAUGGGGCUCCUCACUGCUACUGGGAAAAUAUUUGGGAGCCCACGCAUCGGAAUAGGUUGGAAAUCGAGGACUGAAUUCAAGGAAUCGGUUUUCUAGGCAGGAUCGUUGUUAAAAGCAGGGAGGGCUGAGCUACACCGCGUCCCUGGUUCCCCUCUGCUCUGUGCUGGCCAUGCCAUUGAUUUUUGUUGGUGGCAGGAGUUUGAGUGGCAGGAGUUUGAGUACAAAGCCCCUCUGCUCUCCGGGGCUUUCUGGAGCAGGGAGGGAUGAGGCUGGAGAGGACGAGCAGGGGAAGAGACAUAUAGCACUUACACAUUUCUCUGACAUCUUCCAAAGGCGCCCGGUCCCUUUGAAGUGUGCUCCUUGUCUAAUCGCCUCAACCUGUCCCAGAGCCAAAGGUCCCUUUGGCAGGUUGAGGGGAGAAGAAGGGGGCACUGCUGGAAGGUCGACAUUAAACAUUUGUAUCUCUGUGAAAAAGAGGGAGAGCAGGGGAAAGCAAAAAUAAAAGCUAAAGAUUAUCUGUGUUUCAGUUGCACUGGGGUACGUUUCUUUACCCGUUUUGAUGCUAAUGUCUCACUUAGUAUGUUGCAUGUGUCUUUUUUGUUUUGAUUUGUUUUUUUAUUAAAUAAAAGAGAAAAAUGUGUAUAUUUUUGGCAAUUUAAGGUAAUGUAGCUAAGAUAUAUUUUUUUCACGCUGCUUGACUGUUCUUUAUUAUAAUAAAUAAUAUUAAUAUUAA